AUGUUCACAAAAGCCACCGCUCUUCUUGCCUGUCUUGCCACUUUGGCCCCUAGCGCCAUGGCCAGCAGUCCCUACUUUGGCUAUGGCAAGUGGAUUGAGGUCUACACUGGUUCUCAGGCUUACGAAAAGGGCGCUCUCCCAGGGCCAAGUGCUGAGGACCCGGAUGUUAUCCGAACCCGCCUCGCUCAUCUGAACAGUUGCGCAGUCUCUUCGUUCAACACUUCAGCUGAAACGCACUAUUUCCCCCCAGUCAAUGUGACUACUGGCAGUGUUCCCUGCAAGAAGGGCACCUUCAUGUCCGCCGACUCGCCUGAGCUGGGCCCGUUUAUCAUCAACUUUCGGAGUGAGGGAGAAUGCCCUGGUCCCAGCAAGAACUGUGAACCUCUCCUGACAAUCAAUGGCAAGAACUUCCCCAUGUGGAAGUCCGACAAGAAUUGCCGCCAGGAAACCAUCAACGGAACCAAGGGUUAUGAAGUUUACCGGUCAGUAUCUGAUCCUAUCGCAUGA